AUGGCGCCCUUAACCGUGAUAUCACCGCAGCCUGAGGCGGUCGAGUUUCGCGUUGCGCGCGAUGGCUCAUUGAAUGCAUGGGUGAAGCUUCGCAACAUGUGGAGUGGACAAGUCGCAUACAAAAUGAAGACGACCGCACCCAAGGAUUACACCAUCAAGCCGGCAUCCGGCUCAAUUCGCCAAGGAGAAUUCCACGAAGUGCAGAUAAUACGGAAAUCUCCGGAAGAGGGAGGAAGUCCGGACAGCAGCAAGAAAGUCAAGUUCCUCAUUCAAGCGGCUGGCGUGACAACUCAGGCCCAGAAGCUGUUGCUCUACGCCGCCGACAAAGGCAAGGCUGCUGGCAGGACAAAGUUUUGGGAAAGCAUCCCGAAGGAGGACCUCCAGGAACAGCAACUGCCGGUGAAGAUGCCGGCUGAAGAGCCUGAAGAGUUCGAAGACGCCUUGGAGGUGCCUCACAUUGAGGAGCCGUCAGCAGAUGCAACCAGAAGCGAGCUCUGGAAAGCCCGCAAAGCCCGAUCGCAGGAGUUUAAAGGAGAGGAGGAAGGAGACGAACCAGCUGGUGGAGCUGGCGCUGGCAGGGGUGCAGCCGAAGCCUUCGAGGCACCCCACAACAAAGGUCGCAAAGGUGAUGGACGCGGCGAGACUGCAGAGGCACUGGAGAAAGCCCCACGGAAGCCUGGGUACCCAGGAGGCAAGCUGACUGACCAGGAUGUUGAUGACAUCAUUGGCAGAAUGACCAAAAUAGGGCCCGACGGCAAGCCAGUGGUCCAGGUCAUGAGCAGGCCGGCAGGCUCCGCUCCACCGGGUUUUGACGGUCCAGAACCUGCGACAUCUUCACCAUCCCUGGGGCCAGCUCCUGCGCCUGAUGUGCCAACGCUGCCAGCAGAGCGCAAGCCCUUGAACCUGAAUGUGGCCCACAAAGCUCAGAAACAUGACGUUGUGCUGCAGGGUCACUCGCGCCCAGUCACCUACGUGGCAUUUGAUGCUACUGGAAAGACGCUCUACACCUGCGGAAAGGACAAGUUGGUGAUUGCCUGGACUGUGCCCGAGGGUGAGCACACACCUUAA